CGCCCGGCCGGCCCCGCUCCCCGCCCCGCUCCCCGUUCCCCGCCCCGGGGCUUCCCGCGGGAGGAGACCAGCCCGCUUCCUUCUUCUGCUGCGGGCCGGCGCUCGGCGGCUGGGCCCGGACUGCAGGAAAUUCUCAGCCGGGAAGUUUGUAGCGGGGAGGCCGCGGGGGCCUUGCGGAGGUACGAUGCCGCCUAAGGAUAGAGGCAGGUACAAGCUGCCGGUUCCUCUCCCAAAAGACAUGAUCCUGAAAGACACGGAAGGAAAAGUCUGGAGGCUGGGCAGUCAGAUCGGCCAGGGAGGAUUUGGCCUCAUUUAUUUAGCCUCCCCCCAAACUCAUAUUCCCGUAGAAGAUGAUGCAGUGCAUGUAAUUAAAGUGGAAUAUCUUGAAAAUGGCCCCUUAUUUUCUGAACUGAAAUUUUACCAGCGGGCUGCAAAACUAGAGCAUAUAAGAAAAUGGAUGAAUCUCAAAAAAAUAAGAUGUUUAGGAAUUCCAGUGUUUUGGGGAUCAGGCUUGGCUGAGUACAAGGGAAAAAGCUAUAGAUUCAUGGUCAUGGAGAGACUGGGGGAAGACCUUCAAAGAAUCUGCGAAGACUGCGGAGGCAGAUUUAAGAAGGAGACUGUUCUGCAACUUGGGGCACGAAUAUUGGAUACUUUGGAAUAUAUACAUGAAAAUGAGUAUGUUCAUGGUGACAUUAAAGCAGCAAAUCUACUUUUGGGCUACACCAAUCCACAUGAGGUUUAUCUUGCAGAUUAUGGACUUUCCUACAGAUAUUGUCCCAAUGGGAACCACAAACAGUAUCAGGAAAAUCCUAGGAAGGGCCAUAAUGGGACAAUAAAGUUUACCAGCCUAGAUGCUCACAAGGGAGUAGCCCCGUCCAGACGAGGUGACCUUGAAAUCCUUGGCUACUGCAUGCUGCAGUGGUUGUGUGGGAAGCUGCCCUGGGAACAGAACCUGAACGACCCUGUAGCUGUCCAGGCUGCGAAAACAAAACUUAUGGAUGAGCUCCCACAUUCAGUGCUGGAAUGGGAUUCUUCUGGAAGCAGCUGUGGUGAAACAUCCAAGUUUUUGGCAUGUGUUUACGGCUUAGCUUAUGAUGAGAAGCCAAAGUAUGAAGUGCUCAAGAAAAUCCUGCUGGAUGGACUAGAGUCGAGCGGAACUCGCUACGACGGCCCUCUGGAAUUUUCUGCCGCAGCGUGCGCGCGAAACCACCGUGCGGCUACAGCUUCAAAAGUUCAGUUACCAAAGCCUAUGCCAAAACCAGUUCAGCAGAAGCAAAAGAAGAUGGAAGGUGAUGAACACGUGUGUCAAAACAAAGCCUGUAUGGGAGUAACAGGCAAACAACUCCAUGAUGAAGGAAAGCCAAGUCCAUUACACAGGGUGGUUCGGCAAGCAGAGCCUCACCAGCAUACAGAAUUCCUGCCUGUACAUCCCAACUUACGGAAGACAUCACCAAAACCAGCGCACCAGAAGCAAACCAAGGCGAAAGAGGAAGAAACGAACGGCCUGAGCCGGCCCCACGCUUGGGUGACACGUCGGCACUUCCAGCCUGAAGCAACGCCAGUUAGAUUUCACACUGCGACCCAGGAGCCUGACCACCCACUAAAGAAUUACACUGCAAGUGAGUUACCACCAUUCGAGCCCCAAGCAAUAUUCUCAGAAUCAAAACCAACCCACAAUCAGCGCUUAACUACCGAUCAUCAUCCAUUAUCAUCGCAAGAAGCUGGUUCUGGAAUCACUAGUACUUCUUUAUCGAGUAUACUGAGGCUUGCGUUUGCUGAGGAAACAUACCACUACACUAUAGCUAUACUUGUACUGCUGCUACUAAUAGUACUUUCCUUGUAUUUUCUUUGAUGUCGCUGUUUCAGUGUCUUCAGUGUAAGUGCAGCGGUGUUUCCAUCAUGCAGGUUUUUCCUCAGAGUUUCUUCACCGAAGAUUUCAGUGUCAAUGGCUUGAAAAAGAGUUUUUAAAAAUACUGUUAAUAUGCAUCUUUUAAAGGCAACUUCUCUCUUAACCUUUCCAAAUCAGCACUCAAUAAUUACAUAUGCACUAAACUAUUUGUACAAGACUAUUUUGUGAUAUGAAUGUUGGGAGGUUGGUUUUCUGGGUUGUUGGUUUUUUUUUGUUUGUUUGUUUGUUGUUGUUUUUUUUUCCCUGAAACUGGACCUUGCUACAGCAAUAUUAAAAAAGUAUCAUGCAAUACAA